CUUCUUGUCCAGAAAUAUGCUAGGCUUUACAGUACUCGGCAGCCCGCCAAAAUACCUAUGGCUUAAGCUAGGACUGCUUAUUAGUGCUACACUUGUUAUCUUGCUGAUCAUCUUGGAUUCUUUUCUUUUGCAUCGACCUGAGCUUUCAUCCAUAGUUUCACGUCUUCAACGACAGGAUGUUCAAAACUGUGUUAUGAGCUAUGCCUAUCCGAUGUUUUUCGAAAUUAACCAGCCUAAGCCCAACUCGGCCUUGUCUCAAAAGUACAAACUCUAUUUAUACCGUGAAGGACAUUUAGAUGAUCCCAACAAAUUCUAUGGUGUCCCUGCGCUCUUUAUCCCAGGUCAAGCAGGUAGUCAUAAACAAAUAAGGUCUCUAGCAUCAGCAACUACACAUUGGUUUCAUAGUAGCAAAUCGAAAAGAAAUAUUGAUUAUUUUACUGUGGAUUUGAAUGAAGAGUUGUCUGCAAUGAGUGGACAAGUUUUGCUGGAUCAAGCAGAAUACAUUAACAAAGCCAUUGAGCGCAUUCUUUUGCUCUAUAAAGACUAUCCUGAACCACCUACUUCAGUCUUGAUUAUUGCUCAUUCAAUGGGUGGAAUUGUAGCACGAACCAUGUUUACAUUGCCUAGCUACAUUCCCUCAAGUAUCAACACCAUAAUAACUUUGGCAACACCUCAUCUUAUUGCACCAUUAUUAUUGGAUUCAACAGUUUAUAGAGUUUAUAGAGAUCUCGCUCAAUACUGGCAAAAUAAUCAAGAUACUUUACUAGAAAAUGUUACUUUGGUAUCAAUUGCUGGCGGCUCAUUAGACAACAUUGUUCAUUCAGAUGGGACCAAUAUUGAGCCAUUUGUGCCAGAAACACAUGGAUUUGCUACAUACACAACGUCUAUACCUGGUGUAUGGACAGGCGCAGAUCAUAUGGCUAUUUUGUGGUGUAAUCAAUUGAUUCGACUGCUAGCAUCUACUCUACUACAGGUAGUAGAAACGUCCUCUCCUGUCGAGCAACGUAUGGCCAUUUUUCAAUACAACCUAUUACAAGGUGGAGAAUACUCAACUAUUCAACAGCAUCAAGGCACAUUCUUAUUUAGUUCUUUUAAACAAAAACAAAUUGAGGAAAAGGGCUUUAAACUACUCUUUGAUUCCAACAGCCCUGAAUCAAUUCAUCUUCUGCCUCUUUCAGUAUCUGAACAGCCUAUGUUUUUGACAAACAUACAAGCUCAAUAUGACGCGUGCUGGUCAUUUAUUGCUUGCUCCAGUCAAGACCAAGAACUUGUCUGCAAACACAUGACUCCUCGAGUCACUGUCUUGCCUUCAGCUGCUGCUACUAAUCUAGUAGGGUCGACGCCCUACCGUCUUUUAACUGUUGAUCAACAAGAUAUCAAUACAUACGACUAUGUAGGCAUAGCAAGAAAUUGCUCUGGUCUACCCUUUGGUAAAGAUGAAAAGGCCGCUUUUAUUCAAGCUUAUUCUAAACCUAAUCAAACUAAAACACAUUGGGUUACUAUAUGGAAUCUGAUGUUGAAUGGCUUGACAUUUCAUGUUGAUUCAUUUCAUUCAGAGCAUACAUUUCCUCUCAUCCGCAAUUCUCUCUUUGCAUUAGACAUUUGUAUCUUUUCUAUGAACAACACACAGAACAAUUUGUUCCAGCCUAUGAUGAAGCAAAUAGCAAAUCAACAUGAAAUCAAAUACUAUCGAGGCCUAGAUGAGGGUGUAUCGGAUAGAAUCACAUUUCAUCAAUCUUUUUAUGCAAACAGUAGUGGCAUUGUACUUGAAUUUUUUUCAGAUCAACAGCCCAUGACAGUUCAAAUCCGAUUUGACUGGUAUGGUACACUAGGACGAUGUGUACUUCAUUACGGUGUUUUGCUUGUGCAUUUUCUUGUUAUCAUUAAUAGCAUACUCGUUUGCUCACAGAUGUAUUCGUAUAUCAAAAAACAGCGCUUUGUUCCAUAUCCAAUUGCACUUGUACAAUCUCUUUCAGGCCCUUUCCUUCAUCUUGCAGGAAUUAUUCUGGUAGUAUGCUUUUUACAACUUGUUGUGCUCAACUACACAAACACUUGGCCAACUUGUAAGUUGCAUGAUUUGAUGCUAAAGUAUGUCUUGAUUGGCAGUAAUGAAUGGGUCAUGGUUGGCUUUGUUGUAUUCCUUUUUGGUUUAAGCAUUGGUUUGGCAGCUAUUGUCUGGUUAGUUGGCUCUACAAUCACCCUCGUUUUCAGUCGACUGUUUCGCAUAUUUCCAGCUAUCCGAAUCAAAGUAGACUCGGAAAAACAAUGUUUACUCCAUAUAGCCAUAAUUCUCAGUCUAUCAAGAGUUGUGCCUCUAUGUGUGCUUAUUACUGGCUAUAUGAUACUAUGGUUGUUCAAGACGAGUCUUGCUCGUUUGUCUGCUGAAUCUGGAAAGGCUUCUGAUUUAGAUGUGUAUUACUAUUCACAAUCGUGGCUUAUGUUAUUAAUUUCUUUUUUACCUUACUAUAUUCCUCAAGUCAUUGUUUAUGUCAAGAACUUACUCAUAGGAUGGACUAGUUUCCAUACACCACUGUCGCUCGUCUUGCAAGAUGUACCAAUUUUAAUCAUUCUUGUGCUGUUAACAACAUUAGCAGAAUCGCCAACUAGAAUCAAUUCAAGGCUGCUUGAACCUAUGAUUUAUAUUGUCCAGAGCAUCGCAAUCUACCAGCUUUUGUUUGGUUUCUUUCAUCCAUUUAUCCUAACACAUUUUGUAUAAAUAAAGACACAAAAUGAAUUGAGGCGAGGAACAAGCGACAUUGAAUGGAUUUUAUUAGUUUUUUCUUUUUUCAAAAAAAAAAAGAUGCAACG